GGAAGUAUUGGACGUUUGUUCUGCAGUACCCCGGGAUGUUGAAUAUAAGCCGUGCAUAGUGUGUUUUAUAUUUUAAAGUUAUCCUGUUUGUGUUGGCAUCAUCCUCUAUGUUGUAUCGUACUGAUUACGCAAGUGUUCACUUAGCUUAGUCAGCCGCGUUGUUUCUGGGUUUCAUCAGCUUAGCUGUGAGGUAGUGCCAAUGAUAUUUAUAACCUGUAAACUUCAAAUUUCAAAAUGCCUGACACUACUUCUGCAGAGGUCGUGCCAGCCGUUGGUGCAACAGGAACACCUGCUGUUCAACAACAACAAGCCCAACCAAACAAAUGGGGAAUGUUGAAGGCAUUUGCUUUUCGUCUGCUCACAGCAUACUUUGUCCUCAACUUGUUUCGUCGUCCAUCACCUAACCAGAUGGAUCCAAGUAAAACGGUUAUCCCAGCUACAAAUCUUUAUCAGUCGGGUUCUCUGAUGGAUUUAUUUGUCUAUUUAAGUGAAGAUCCAACAUUUCAUUCUUUUAAUAACUCUAAUGCUUUAUUUUGGUAUGAACCCAAUAUUACGUAUGGGGAUUGGAAUGGCGGGCCAGACGGAGAUGGUUCAUAUUCAAAGAUCAGUGAAAUUCAUUGCAGUCAGUUUCCCAACCUUAUGUUCAAUGGUUCAUUGUAUAUGCAUGUAUAUUUUGUUAAACCUGGUUUCUCACCAGAUCCAAAUACGGGCAAUAACUAUUCACUGAAGUACACUGUAUAUAAAUCAAAAAUGUUGACGCGUUACAAACGUCGUCGUUUAUCCCGUACCACAAAUCUAAUCACAGGUCAUACUGAUUCUCAUCCAGAUUUGGUAGCUGGUUCUUCGACACCAUCCGAUGUACAAUAUUUACCUCCGACCACUCAUUGGCAUCCAAAUCUAACUAUUAACUUAGUUGAUGACCAUUCUCCAUGGGUAAAAGGUUCUGUCCCAGUUCCUUUGGAUCAAUUUAUCGAGUUUUAUUCGCCUACCAAUGAAUAUUAUCCCGUUGUUUAUCUGAAUGAUUAUUGGAAUCUAAAUGAAGAUUAUAAACCAGUGAAUGAAACUACACCAAUACUACCAAUUCAUAUUACUUUAGCGCCUUUAUCUCUAUUCAAAUGGCAGUUGUACGCUGCACAAACAGCUAAGAAAACUUGGUUCAAUCAGUUGAUGGCUACUUCUAUGUUACCAUCAGAAAAUGAAAAUGAUGAGGAACAAGAUACAAUAAAGAAAGCACUGAUCGAAACAAAUCCUUUGCUUUUAGCUGUAACAGUUGUCGUAUCAAUUGUUCAUAGUGUUUUUGAAUUGUUAGCAUUUAAAAAUGAUAUACAAUUUUGGAAAACAAGAGAAUCCUUAGAAGGUCUCUCAGUUCGCUCGGUAUUUUUCAAUGUCUUCCAGUCAUUCAUUGUUGUGCUGUACGUACUUGAUAACGAUACCAAUUUUGUUAUAAAACUAUCAGUUGUUUUUGGACUGUUAAUUGAGAUCUGGAAAAUAAAGAAAGUCCUUUCUUUCAGAUUUAAUUAUGAUUCGUUGAUAUUCAAUGUAUUUCCAUGUAUUCAUGUGGAUUACCAAUCAUCAUACGUAGAAAGUGAUACCAAAAAAUAUGAUCAGAUGGCUUUCCGAUAUUUAUCGUGGAUUUUAUUCCCAUUGUUAGCAGCUUAUUGUGGAUAUUCAUUAAUAUAUGAAGAGCAUCGUGGUUGGUAUUCGUGGAUACUUUCUGUCUCUUACGGUUUCCUGUUGACGUUCGGUUUCAUCAUGAUGACCCCACAAUUGUUUAUCAAUUAUAAAAUGAAAUCUGUUGCUCAUCUUCCUUGGAGAAUGUUAACAUACAAAGCACUGAAUACCUUUAUUGAUGAUUUAUUUGCAUUUGUUAUCCGUAUGCCCACUCUGUAUCGAAUUGGUUGUUUACGUGACGGUAAGACACUGAAUUUUUAAGAAUAUGUUUGUUAGCUUAGUCUAAAACUGUUGAUAUAAAAGGCAGUAUCUUAAAAAAUCCAGUGUAAUAUUUCGAUUUUCAAAAGAUUAAAAAUCCACCAUUUUGAUUAGUUUAGAUUUUUUUCUUUGUACAAAUUAUUUAAUGUCACAGUUGGUGGGAAUCAAAUAAUGCUACUGCCGUUGAUUAAGAAUAUAUUGGACUGUAUAUUCAAUAUUAGAUUGCCUUAUCAAUGUAGCAGAUGUAUGCAGACGAAUAUCAUUCUCUUCAGAAAAAAAUAUUUCAACUAUCGUAACAAAAUAAUCACAUACUGUAAUAUCAUGAUAGUUUGUUUUUCGUUUUUGCACUUCACCUCUAAAUCACUACACUAAUUGUACACACUGUUUAAUAUCACACUCUUCAUAUAUGAGUGUUUUUGUUCAGACAUGAACUAUAGUCUUGAAAUAAAUAAAAACAAUAUAUUUGUAGUAUCCCAAUGAUUAGGAAAAUCAAAUUUUCUGACGUUUCGUGUAAACCACUUCUUCAGAGAAUAAAUAUAACCCAAUUUUAAAUAGUACAAAGGAACAAAGCAAGAAUAUUAGACGCGAUCAAUUAAAAACAGAUCUGUUCAGAAAUUUUACUGUUAUGUCUUACUUUUCUUUUAGACGUGAUAUUUUUCAUCUACUUAUAUCAACGUUGGAUAUAUCCAAUGGAUCCCAAUCGUAUUAAUGAAUUUGGAGUCAGCAAGGAAAUGCUCGACUGUCAUAAUAAGUGUGAACCGAAGCAAUCCGAUCCCAAUAGCGAAACAACGCCUGCUUUAUCGUUACCAUCUUCCACUUCUUCGGAUCCAGACCAGACCCUUUCCGAUUCUAAUCAUCCGAGUGAGGUCACAUCAUCUGUGCGUAAACGAAAAUCAGGUUCACUCAAGAAGUGAUUCUCUCCUUAGUUCUAUUUUCAUGUCCUCCUUUUAUUUUUCCUUCUACAUUUUUUUGAUUCGUUGGCGAAAAUGUUUUUUCUGUGUUGUUUAUUCAGUUUAUCCUGUUUAUCAACUUUGACUUUCGAAAUUUUUGUUCAAUAUAAUCUUGUUAAAGUAUUUUCAAAACAAAUUAUUUUCUGUUGUGAUUGCUCGUUCUCCCAACUAAUCUUUAAUUUCCCCCUCUACAUAUACCGAUGUGGGAUUGUUAAACCAAUUGGGCUACUUGAAUUUAAUAGCAGAAAGUUAUCGUUGGUGAAAUGAAUGCCCACUUUAGGGCAUGCCUACUAUUCGAUCUUUAUUUUUGUUCUAUCCAGCUCAUCAAUCUUUUUAUGUUACGCUGUGUUUGCUUUGAUUUUCAUUUUUCUCUUAUCUGUUAGUAUGCGUAUUACAAAUCACAUGCUUUUCGUUUUCUUGUCAUGACAGUUUUCACGAAAGUUCCCCUUUUUAGAUUUAUGAAUGAUAACUUUCAUUUACAUGAGUUAGUUCUGGAUGUUUUUUGUUGAACAUUCGAGGCAAUUCAUUCAUGUUUGCUGUUUAACAAGUCUCGUUUUGGUGUGUUAAAUACUUUUCAAAUUAUAUCAACAUCUGCAUUUUUCUUUGUGAAUGUAAUUAAAAUGUCUGAUUGGUCCUUAGCUGUAGUCUUAAUUUUUCGGGAUAUCUCUAACGUUUUAUUGAACUGUCUUGAUGAGCAUAAGAUGUACAAACUCUAGCACAAAUAUAUUGAAAGUAUCU